GGGAAUGCCAAAGGCUCUAGCCAGACCAAAGUCAGCCAGCUUUAGUUCGCCGUUUUUGUUGAUCAGCAGGUUCUGUGGUUUCAGAUCGCGAUGCAGGACAUUGUGGCUAAAAUUGGACAAAGCAGCAAUAACAAGCCUGGCUUACUAAGCCUGCCCGACGAUGUUCUCAUUAUUAUUCUGAGUAAUCUCGACCUAAAGACGCAGCUAAAACUGAAACACUUGCAUUUCCGGUUUAAAAGAUUAAUGCCGCAUGUCUGGCGUGCUCAUAACAAAUCUGCACAUAUAUCCUUGAUUGAAAUGCACCUGUGCGACAAGGAUCUGCGUUUCUUCCUGGAAAGUACUCAACAAACCCUCACUGCACUACGGUUUAAAAUGAAUAAAAGAUCAAACUUCGAACUGCUUACUAGCUAUAGUUUUCCAAAUCUUAAGGAUUUUCGCUUCUCAACGCAUUCGUUUACCUUGAAUGAUGCGGAUUUGCCAAAAAUGUUCAAGUCUUUUCCGAAUUUGACAACUUUUAGCCCACAUGGAAAGUUCACUGGCAAACACUUUGAAGAAUUUCAGUGUCUCGAGAACCUCACGGUCUCCUACUGCAGCAAAUUCGAGGUCACCAACUUGAUACAGAUCCUAAAAACCAGAAACAUAAAAUCCCUCAAGCUGGGAAUCUUCGAAGUUGACCAGAUCUCGAAUACACAACUGCCCUGGGAAGGGAUUCGAAAUCUAGAGUUUCUGCAGUGCUACCGCGAGGAAAUGAUGAUGUGGUUUCUAUCGAAACUGGAACAUCUUACGCACUUGAAGAAGCUAUUUAUUUGUGGUUCCCUAAGGUCCGGCGAUCUGAGACAGAUGCUGAUAUAUGCAAAGAGAAUCUCCAUUGAUAUGAUCGAGUUAAACAAGAGUAUCUCCAUUGCUGAUGAGACUCGCGGCCUAAAUGUGGCUAUUAAGACCCUGAAGGUGGCAAAGUAUGGCAUGCAUGCGUGUGAGCAUCUUCGCAUUAAUACCAACGAAUUGUAUAUACAAAAUUCGGUUUGUGUAAGCGGACAUGAGUUUGAGACCUUAAUACAAAACCUUAAAACGCAACAGAUCCUCGGUUUAUCCCACUGCACUUUUGUGUUCGAGGACUUUAGAUUUGAUGCACAGAAAUUGGGGGAAAACCGUACCACAACACUUAAUAUUUAUGUGGAUCAAAACGUGUAUCGCAGCCAUCCUGCAGAGGAUGCCAUCCCCAUGACGUGGAUAGUGCACGGGGAACAUAAGUUCUUCAAGCUGCACAUGGAGCAUCCAAAAAUCACUUUCAACUCCGAUCCACUUUCGAUAUACUUUGAUUAAGUUUGAAUGCCAAUGAGCUGGUUU